GCUUCGCCAUUGUGUCAAUUAACAAUAGAGUUCUUAAGAACAAGAGAGAUGGCAACAUUGAAAAGGAUCAAGCUGGGGUCACAGGGUCUUGAAGUAUCAGCACAGGGACUUGGAUGCAUGGGCAUGUCUUUCGGCGCCUACGGCCCUCCAAAGCCUGAAUCGGACAUGAUCGCCCUCAUCAACCAUGCCGUCAACACCGGGGUCACUUUACUCGACACCUCUGAUGUCUAUGGACCCCACACCAACGAAAUCCUUCUGGGCAAGGCCUUGAAGGCGGGAGGAUUACGACAGAGAGUUGAAUUGGCCACCAAAUUUGGCGCCAGCUUUAAGGACGGCAGUUUUGAGAUUCGAGGGGAUCCUGAUUAUGUGAGAGCUGCUUGUGAGGCCAGCUUGAAACGCCUUCAACUUGAAUCCAUUGAUCUUUAUUACCAACAUCGCAUUGAUACCAGCGUUCCUAUUGAAGCUACGAUGGGGGAACUCAAGAAACUAGUUGAAGAAGGUAAAAUAAAGUAUAUAGGUCUGUCUGAGGCCUCUGCUUCAACAAUCAGAAGAGCUCACGCUGUUCAUCCGAUAACAGCCGUGCAGUUGGAGUGGUCACUGUGGUCAAGAGAUGUGGAGGAAGAGAUUGUUCCUACCUGCAGAGAACUUGGCAUUGGGAUUGUUGCUUACAGUCCUCUAGGACGGGGAUUCUUUUCCUCUGGGCCUAAGUUGGUUGAGAGCUUUACAGAUGGUGACUACAGAAAGGGUUUGCCUAGGUUCCGACCUGAAAAUCUUGAACAUAACUCACAACUAUUUGAGCGGGUUAAGGAAAUCGCAGCAAGGAAACAGUGCACUUCAUCGCAGCUGGCGUUAGCCUGGGUACACCACCAGGGUGAUGAUGUAUGUCCUAUUCCUGGAACCACCAAGAUCGAAAACUUCAACCAGAAUGUUGGAGCUCUGUCUGUCAAACUAACGCCAGAAGAAAUGGCUGAACUCGAAUCAAUAGCUUCUUCGGAUGCUGUAAGGGGAGAUCGGUACGGCUAUGGCAUCUUAACAUUCAAGGAUUCAGAUACUCCACCUCUUACAUCAUGGAAAGCUGUAUAGAAGGCAUGCUGCCAUGCCAUGCUGUCUUGCUUCUACUCGUGGAUUUCAGCUGCCUUUGAAGUUUUCGAAAAUUGUGAGGUUCGUACACCAUCUGAACUUCUGAAGAGAAUAAGAGUUUGUACACCAUUUGAACUUCUGAAGAGAAUAAAUGUUUUCGUAAUCUAAAAUUAUUGCAACUUUCCUUUAUCUUUGCUAUAAAAAGAUGGUGUUUCUUA